AUAUGAUUGCCGGUUCUGAAAUCAGGCUCUGAGAAGGAGAGGCGCUCCCCAUGUGGCACGGGCUGUGGGCGCGGAGUCGAGGGUGAGCGUGUUAGGUUCAGUGUCUCGCGCGUGCGGUUCACAUGUGAGGGCCCUUCCUUUGGGUUUUAAAUGGGGAAAAAAUCAACGUGGCUGCUUGUCUGUGGAAAGAAAGCCCAUUGAAGUGUCCCGGAGCCAGCGUGGAAAGCCCCUCCGUGGGUACCUCCCUUACAGGGGGUGGGACAGUCUUGAAGACGCAGCUGUGGUGUGGAAAUAUGAAUCUCUUACCUAAGAGCUCCAAGGAGUUUGGCUCCGUUGACUAUUGGGAGAAGUUCUUCCAGCAGCGCGGAAAGAAAGCUUUCGAGUGGUAUGGGACUUACCUGGAACUGUGCGGGGUGCUGCACAAAUACAUGAAGCCCCGGGAAAAGGUGCUGGUGAUUGGGUGUGGUAACUCAGAGCUCAGCGAGCAGCUGUACGACGUGGGCUAUCAGGAUAUUGUGAACAUUGACAUCAGUGAGGUUGUCAUCAAGCAAAUGAAGGAACGCAAUGCCAACAGACGGCCCCAGAUGAGCUUCUUGAAGAUGGACAUGACACAGAUGGAGUUUCCUGAUGCCUCUUUCCAGGUGGUGUUGGACAAGGGCACCCUGGAUGCUGUCCUGACAGAUGAGGAGGAGAAGACCCUGCAACAGGUGGACAGGAUGCUGGCUGAGGUUGGCCGUGUCCUGCAGGUGGGCGGUCGCUACCUCUGCAUCUCCCUGGCUCAGGCUCACGUCCUGAAGAAAGCAGUGGGUCACUUCUCCAGGGAGGGGUGGAUGGUCAGGGUGCAUCAGGUGGCCAGCAGCCAGGACCAGGUGUUGGAAGCAGAGCCUCGGUUUCCCCUGCCUGUCUUUGCCUUCAUCAUGACCAAGUUCAGGCCAAUCCCUGGCUCUGCCCUUCAGAUCCUUGAGCUGUGCGCUCAGGAGCAGGGCAAGCCUGUGCGGCUGGAGAGUGCUGAGCGGCUGGCCGAGGCAGUGCGGGAGCGUCAGCAGUAUGCCUGGCUGUGUAGCCAGCUGUACCGCAAGGCCGGGCUGGGGAGUGUGUCCCUGGACUUGUGCAAUGGGGACACGGGGGAGCCACGCUACACCCUCCACGUGGUGGACAGCCCCGCCGUGAAACCAUCGCGGGACAAUCAUUUUGCCAUUUUCAUCAUCCCCCAGGGUCGGGAGACCGAGUGGCUCUUUGGCAUGGAGGAGGGCCGGAAGCAGCUGGCGGCCAGCGCUGGCUUCAGGAGGCUGAUCACAGUGGCCCUGCACCGAGGUCAGCAGUACGAAGGCAUGGACAGCAUCCAGGCCGAGCUAUCGGCCAGAGUCAUGGAGUUGGCCCCGGCCGGGAUGCCCGCCCAGCAGCAGGUGCCUUUCCUGUCUGUGGGUGGAGACAUCGGGGUGCGGACCAUUCAGCACCAAGACUGCAGCCCUUUGAGUGGCGACUACGUCAUCGAGGAUGUGCAGGGGGAUGACAAGUGCUUCUUCCGGCGGCUCAUCUUCCUCAGCAACAGGAACGUGGUGCAGUCAGAAGCCAGAUUGCUGAAGGGUGUGUCUCACAGAGUCCAGAAGAAGCGGAAAAAGGACAGGAAGAAGCAGUGGCCGGCUGGUACUCCAGAAGAGCCCCCUGCAGCCCCGGGGCAGUCCAUCGAUAAGAGCUACCUGUGCUGUGAACACCACAAAGCCAUGAUCGCCGGCCUGGCCUUGCUGAGAAACCCCGAGCUGCUCCUAGAGACCCCGCUGGCAUUGUUGGUGGUAGGCCUGGGCGGGGGCAGCCUCCCCCUCUUCGUCCACGAUCAUUUCCCAAAGUCCCGUAUCGAGGCUGUGGAGAUCGACCCGUCCAUGUUGGAAGUGGCCACCCAGUGGUUUGGCUUCUCCCAGAGCGACCGGAUGAAGGUCCACAUUGCAGAUGGCCUGGACUAUAUUACCAGCCUAGCGGGACGAGAAGCACGGCCUCAGUACGACGUGAUAAUGUUUGAUGUGGACAGUAAGGACCCAACACUGGGAAUGAGUUGUCCACCCCCAGCGUUUGUGGACCAGCCCUUCCUGCAGAAGGUCAAGAGCAUCUUGACUCCUGAAGGUGUCUUUAUCCUCAACCUCGUGUGCCGAGACUUGGGGCUAAAGGACUCAGUGCUGGGUGGGCUCAAAGCGGUGUUCCCCCUCCUGUAUGUCCGGCGCAUCGAGGGGGAAGUGAAUGAGAUUCUGUUCUGUCAACUGCACCCCGAGCGGAAACUUGCCACACCAGAGCUCUUGGACAUGGCCCAGGCCUUGGAGCAGACCCUGCGGAAGCCAGGGAGGGGUUGGGAUAGCACCUAUGUCCUGUCUGAUAUGCUCAAGACGGUGAAGAUUGUGUGAUCGCUGGCCUCUCAGCCUCCUGCCUGCCUGACCUUGAACUCCUGGCCUGCCAGAGAUUGACGAAAUAGAACCCACAAUACUUUUUAAGCCUCGUAUUUUUCUUGGUUUCAUACUCGGCUGCAUGGGACCUUCAGCCUGGUGAAGUUGCCUGGAGAGCUGGGAAAAUAAAACGUUCUUCCUGUGCUGCCCUCUUCAGUA